AUGGCGCACCGUACCCUUUUCAUGAUCUGGCAAGCUCUGGCUGUGCUCACCCGCGGAGACAAGGCCAGCUGUUCAGAAUGCGCUGCAAUUGAUGAUUGGAACGAUGAGCAGUUUGAGCAGUGCAACGUCUGGGGUGAUCCACACAUCAGUGACAGCUGGAGCGUGAAUGGAAGGUUCGACUUCAACGGAGUGGGAGUUUACCGCUAUGCACACAUUGAUGCGUGCGGUGGCGGCUUCAAGCUGGAUGCCUUCCAAUGCCAGCACAGCGAUUGGAAGCACAGUGCGAUCUUGUAUGUUGGCAUUGAGCUCAACAACGGUGCAAAAGUAUUUGUGAACAGCACACAUGUGUCAACCAGCGGCUCGGUGAGCGUCACGGGAGCGCAAGGCAGCGACGGCGAGAUGGAAAUGACCAAUCCCAGGGAUGGUGUCAACAUUCUCAGUGACGACUCAUGCAUCCGCAUUAACGUCAAUGCAGUGAACUUGCGCGGUGACCUCCAUGCAACGAAUGGCAUCAAGAUCAGGGCUCCCCAGGAUGCCGUAACCGACAAGGGCAUCUGCGGUGGUGCCAAGCAGUGGGAAGAGCACGUGGUGCGUGGACAGCCCGACUUUGUCUUCUCCAUUGACCAGUGGAGGUACAUGUGUGGCGCAUGCAGUGCGCUGGGUGGGCUGCACCCUCCCAACUGCCCAUCUCCCUACUUCGGCCAGUUUGACUUGACUCCCGGAGGAGAAUUUCUGCGGCCGUUUGAGAAGACGGAUGAGCGCGAGUGCGUUUCGCUCCAUGACGGUGACAUCGUGCAGCAGCUUGAGGACAACGGCAAGAACAGCGUCGCCUAUGCCAUCCUCGAAAAGUCCAUGAGCUGCCGAGAUUUUUGCCACAAUCGCAGCAGCCAGUGUGUCGACGUAGUGGACAAUGUGGACUUUGCUCCAUGCAGCUUCAGCACAAACGUUUCAAAGAAGAAGGCAAAGGCCGAUUGUGACUCCACUGAGUAUUACGACCUGAACUGCAUCUGUGCCAAGCCUGAUCUCUCUGCGCCCGGCCCUGACAAGCGCUUCAUUUGUGAUGACAGGGUGGAUGCAGCCGGCAAUGCCUUCACCUUGGAGGAUGCAAUCCAGCUCUGCAAGGCGAAAGCUCCGUUCUUGCACAAUGCCCAGUGGGAUCGCAAGGGCUGCAAAAACGAUGGUGAGUGCCGCAUUGACUUCAUCCUUGGAGCUUGCGUAUCAGACGUUUGCAAUGAAGAUCCCAUCAACCGCGUGGCGGUCGCCAAGAACGCUGGAGACCAGGACCCCAGCAGGUCUCCAAAAGAGUCAGCUGACCGCUGCGUUGCAGAUAGGCUGGGCCGUGAGCUCUGCCGAGAGCUGACCAAAGGGGAGAAUUGCAGCUUUGAUCCUGAGGCUGUCAUGCAGGAGAAGGCAGAGCUCUGCGAGGACACUGUCUGUGAAGACGCCUCCUUGCUGCAGCGCUCCGAAGGUGAGGAGGUUGGGCUCCUGCAGCGGCGCAACGUUGACGUCAAGAUGAACCUGACAACAAGCCACUGCAGUCACAGGGUCCAUUUCUGCCAGCGCGUGUGCCACAGUGUGCUCGCAACGACUGAUGGUGGCAAGCGCAAGUGCAUGCAGUACUGCGACAAUGAUUCGAGCUUUGCCCAUGUGAGGGACAUCUUGAAAUCUUGCUGCUAG